AGCAUGCGCAGUAAAGGGAGCAACAGCCCCUGUGAAAAACAACAACAAUCACUACAGCGGGGCCAGAAGAAAGAGAUGGCUCCUUGAAGCUCUACACGUCUGGCCCUUAUUAUAGUACUAAUCCCAGCUCAACUGCUACUAUUUCUACCGGAGCUGUAUAUGUCGAUGGUGCCGAGUCCAUGAACUUGGCCAGUCAAAGCGGGGAUGCUGGCGGAAGCCAGCUUCUCUUCGCCAACUUCAACCAGGACAACACGUCCUUAGCUGUUGGCACCAAAUCAGGAUACAAGUUUUUCUCCCUGUCCUCUGUGGACAAAUUGGAGCAGAUAUAUGAAUGUACGGACACUGAGGAUGUGUGUAUCGUGGAGCGCCUGUUCUCCAGCAGCCUGGUGGCCAUCGUCAGCCUCAAGGCCCCCAGGAAGCUCAAAGUCUGUCACUUCAAGAAGGGAACCGAAAUCUGCAACUACUCCUAUUCCAACACCAUACUGGCCGUCAAACUCAACAGACAGAGGCUGAUAGUUUGUCUGGAGGAGUCACUGUACAUUCACAACAUUCGAGACAUGAAAGUGCUGCACACUAUCAGAGAAACUCCACCCAACCCUUCAGGAUUGUGCGCCCUCUCCAUCAGCAAUGAUAACUGUUAUCUGGCCUACCCAGGCAGUGCUACGAUAGGAGAAGUUCAAGUGUUUGACACGGUCAACCUGCGAGCGGCUAAUAUGAUUCCAGCCCACGACAGCCCAUUAGCGGCUCUGGCUUUCGAUGCCAGUGGAACCAAACUGGCCACAGCCUCAGAGAAGGGCACAGUCAUUCGUGUCUUCUCAAUCCCUGAGGGACAGAAGCUCUUUGAGUUUCGAAGAGGAGUGAAGAGGUGUGUGAGCAUCUGCUCGCUGGCGUUCAGCAUGGAAGGCCUGUACCUGUCGGCCUCCAGCAACACAGAGACGGUCCACAUCUUCAAAUUAGAGACGCAGAAGGAGAAGUAUGUGCCAGCGGAGGAGCCCACCACAUGGGGAGGGUACCUGGGCAAGGUCCUGAUGGCGUCCACCACCUACUUGCCUUCUCAGGUUACGGAAAUGUUCACCCAGGGGCGAGCCUUCGCCACCGUACGUCUGCCCUUCUGCGGACAUAAGAACAUCUGCGCCUUAGCUGUGAUCCAGAAGAUUCCCAGGUUGUUGGUGGCUGCGGCUGAUGGUUACCUGUAUCUGUACAACCUGGAUCCACAAGAGGGAGGGGAAUGCACACUUAUGAAGCAGCACAGGUUAGACGGCAGUGCUGAGCCUGGCAAUGAGAUCCUUGAGCAGUCACAUGACCGCCCACUUGUGGCCCAGAACUACAGUGCCGCCGUCACUAAAGGUUACUGUGAAGAGCAGGGCGCCGUGGGAGGAGCGGGACUAGAAGACGACCUCAAUGACUUGCGCUUAGAUGAGGAGAACGAGCAACCGCCGCUCAUCCUUGAAACUGACUGACUGGCUUAACGGACGGCUGUACCCACCAAACAGAGGGCUCCUCUGGUGCUGCUAUGAACAUGUGACAUAAGGGGGGGGGGGCAGGGUCAGAGACGGGGGUGUUUUUAAACGCUCAAAGUGUUCAAGAGCUCUUCUGUCAGUCUAUCUGUGCGUUUGUCUGUUCACAAACAUGUCCAUCUUUUCCUCCCUCCUUCGCUCCCUUUUCCCUCAGUUUGCCUGCGCAGGCCAAACUGACGCUUUGCAUGUACAUGUGCCAACUGCUAAAAAAGAAAACAUGCUCCAAUGUGAAAUCGAGUAUAUGUGAGUGUGUGUGUGUUGGACGUUUGGUCAAAAAAAAAAAAUGUAGCCUGUGUCUCCGCUUAAAGACACACAGACGCAAGCACUGUGUAAAAUGAAAGUGAUUGUGUAAGUGCCUCUCUGCCCCAAUGUCAUGGUUUCUUCUGUUUGAGAGGGGGAAUCUCUUUGCAUUGGCCUAAUAAAAUCUAUUUUCAUUUGUCGGAUCUUAAUAGAGGGUGUGUGUGUACUAUCUUUACUGACCCUUUCCUCUCUCACACACUGUCCUGCAAGGAGUGUGGCAGUGCUCAUCUGGCUCAAGUUUACCCUCCAAAGAAUGAUUUUAGAAGUCUUUGGCAUGAGGCAGAGGUGUUUGCGAAUAAGUGUGGCUGUGUGCUUGUGCUGAGACUUCAUUUUUGUGUGUGUGUGUGUGUUGGGCAUGUACAUUAGCAAAACACUGAGUAAUUAGCCUCCACUUGUCCAUCUCCCGCUCACUUACCUCAUCCAAACAGGCUCAGUGGACCUUCUUGCCCCACCCCCCCCCCAGGCCUGCAGUCAUUGGUUGAUUUUAAACUCUGAUAUUAAUGAUCUUUUUUUAAAUCUACAUAACCAAUGAUGUGUCAUGCGUAAGAAAACAUGCAUGGUGUUUUGACGUGGUACUUUGUCCAUACAUCAGAGACAUUAUUUGGGUGGUUAAAGGCAGGAAGCUUCAAUGGCAGCCUCCUCGUACGCCUCACUCUGCUGCAUCUGUACUCUGUACAUUACUAGAUGUGGCAGGAUAUCACUGUACCAUAUGGUCAGGUUAUGACCAGGCUUCAAGAUCGUACACUCUGGGAUAGCGAGUGUUUGGCCAUCGAGAACUGUGUGAAUUAUAAUUUGAUUGAUCUGGAGCUCAGGCUGAGCCUCAUCAGAUGGUCCAGGAUGCUGCAUGAUUCCCAUUAAUACGUCUGAAGCCGCUAAACGAGGAACAGCCAUGGGAUUGUCAGGCAUUUUCUAAUGAUUUUGUACAAAAUGUGAAGCGUUCAUCUGAAACUAAAAUGAAAAUAAAUUCCAUGUUGAUGUAUGA